GACGUUUAUCAUCGAAAUGGUAUCAGUUGUUUUGGUUAAAAUAAAUUGUUAAAAUGGGUGAUUUCUUGGCAGCUAACAAUAUUUGCGGCCAAAAUUUAUUACGUUUGGUGUCUCGUGGAAAUGCUAUUAUAGCAGAAUUGAUGAGAUUAAAGGAUUAUGUGCCGCCAGUAUUUAGUUUAGAUUCAAAGCAGAUGGUACAGAAAUAUGGAUCAAUUAUAAUUGAUUUUGCUUAUUUCAAGUCUGUUAAUAUUUAUGAACAAAAAAUAGAAAAUGAUCCAGUUCUUCAGGAAACAGAUGAAGAACUACGAAAUAAUUAUUCGGACAUUAUUUCAAGAUUUUAUUCUGCAUUCGAAGGCAUACACAAGUAUGUUACUGACUUGAAUCUUUAUAUGGACGAAUUAGGGGAUGGAAUCUAUAUUCAUCAGUCUAUAGACUCUAUUAUGUUAAAUGAAGAAGGAAGACAAUUAAUGUGCGAGGCAGUAUAUUUAUAUGGAGUUAUGUUACUUUUGGUGGAUCAUCAUUUUGAAGGAUGUAUAAGAGAAAGAUUACUAGUGUCCUAUUAUCGAUAUAAUGCUCAGCGUUCAUCUUACACAAGUGUAGACGAUAUAUGUAUGUUACUUCGUUCAACAGGAUUUUCUAAAACUUCUAAUAAAAGACCCUCAAACUACCCAGAAGAAUAUUUUAAAAGAAUACCGUUGAAUGAAUCUCUAAUAGAACAUCUCAUUGGACGUUUACGAUCAGAUGAAAUAUACAAUCAGAGUCUUGCUUAUCCGCAUCCAGAACAUCGCAGUACUGCUCUCUGUAAUCAGGCAUCAAUGCUGGUCAUAAUUUUAUCAUUUAAACCAGCCAUGUUGCAUACGCACACAGCUAUUAUGAGAGAAAUAGUAGAUAGAUUUUUCCCUGAUAAUUGGGUUAUUAGUAUUUAUAUGGGGAUCGUAAUAAAUCUAUGCGACUGGUGGUCACCUUAUAAAGCUGCAAAAACGGCUCUUAAUAAUACACUCGAAUCUUCAAAUGUGAAAGUGAUUGCACAAAAAUAUGGUCAAAAAUUGAAGAAACUGAUAUCAGAAACGGAAGAAGUGCAAUUGGCAGUCACGUUCGAUGAAAGCGCCGUAGGAUCACUGGUGAAGCUAAUAAAAGAAUCUAAUGUAACUUUACAUUGGAUACUUUUACAUACAGCGAUGCCAACUAUAUCAUUAGAAGAUUCGAAACGUGUGCGUAUGCUCAGACAGCUGGUACUGAAUGAAAGCAAAUAUACAAUAACUGAUUGUCUUCAGCUACUACUAAGUACUGCACAGAUUGAACAAGAUGUCAAACAGUUGUACAAAGAUUUGUUAAUCGGUAAAGAAACUAAAUGGCUUAGGGAUAAAGGAAUAUGUGUCGAACGGAUAACAGACCUUGCUCAAAUAUUUGGAGGUAACAAAUCUCUCGACGGCAUUGAGAAAAAUAAAAAUUUACAUUCGUGGUUUAUGGUGAUAAGCAAACAUAUCGAGUCAUUGCAACAAGAGGAUGGAAGAAAAAUAGUAUUAUUAUUGCAAGCAUUAGAAGAAGUGCUAGAGUUUCAUCAGUUGGAAAAUAAUUUACAUAUAUCUCAGUAUUUAGCUGAUACACGUGAAAUAUUACACAACAUGAUACGCACGGGAAGUAUCACGGAGGACACUAUGAUUAGCUUAAAUAUAGUAACAGAUUGUUGCUACGCAUGGAACAUAAUGGAAUCAUUUAUUGAGACAAUGCAAGCUAGUAUAAAAGAAAGUCCUCCGACUGUAAUAAAAUUGAAAGCGUUGUUUCUGAAAAUGGCUUCUGCAUUGGAAACUCCUUUACUAAGAGUGAAUCAAGCACGUAGCGCGGAUUUAUCAUCAGUAUCCCAAUACUAUAGCAGAGAGUUAGAAAAAUAUGCGAGACAUGUUUUACAAAUAAUACCUGAAACAGUGUUCGGUUUGCUUGCUCAGAUUGUAUACCUCGAAACAAAUGCUUUUAAGGAAAUUCCUACUAAAUUACCAAAAGAUAAAUUAAAAGAAUAUGCACAGUUAGACGAUAGAUUAAAAAUGGCUAAGUUGACGUACGCUGUAUCAGUCUUUACGAAAGGUGUACUAUCUUUAAGAAGUGUUCCUUUAGGAGUAUUACGAGUUGAUUCUCAUCGUCUUUUAGAGGAUGGUAUACGACAAGAAUUGGUAAAAAAAGUUACAGUAGCCUUGGACAAUGGCCUUGUUUUCGAACCAAAAUCAAAAACAACGAUACUACAGAAACUUGAUAAUUUAGCCGCAAUUAUGGACGGUUAUCGUAAAUCAUUUCAAUAUAUACAAGAUUACAUAAACAUUAAUAGUUUAAAAAUAUGGCAUGAAGAAAUAACAUAUAUUAUAAGUAACGCAGUAGAAGACGAAUGUACAGAUUCUUCCUGGAUUCCGGAGAGAUCAUGGAGAUAUUUCCAAGAAGAGAAACAUGUGCCUGUAUUGGAUAAUAAUUCUGUAACUUUUAUUGGUAGACUCGCGCGUGAACUUACUCGGAUAACUGAGCCUAGGACAACUGUCUACAUUGAACAUUCUCUUGCCUGGUAUGACCUUAAAACGCAGGCAGAGGUUUUAAAUUAUAAGAUUUUCUCAAAAAUAUUAGAAGCGAUAGGUACACCCGGCUUGACAGGACUAGACAAACUUAUCUCAUUUUAUAUUGUCACCGAAUUAAAUACCAUGAUUCGUUACAUAGAAAAAAACCUUCGCAAUAAAACCUGGGCAUCUAUACUAGAUCACUUUGAACCAAUAUUAAAUUCCGCGGACGGGCCUAAAGGUAAUACGCCAAAGCUUCAUGCCGCCGUCGCGACUCAUACUAAUAAAUUCUGCCCUCAAUUACUUGAAUGGAUGUUAAAAAUUGGACACUGUCAACUUCUUAAAAAGAAUAUAGCCUACGAAUUGAAUACUGCGUGUAAGUUCGAAGCUAAACAUAUGGAAGCAGCACUUCAAACAAUGAACACAGCCAUUUUACUUGAAAUUGGUAAAGGAAACGAUAGCGAUCAAAAUGAACCCGAAAGGAGCGAGUUGUUGCGGGAACUUAAUGUCAGACUGGAUUGGGCUGGCAUAAGUGAUCCGCAUAAGAACGUUUAUAUUAAAUCACCAAACAUAAACAAUAUUGCACUAAUUAUGUUUAUACUUACUGUAUCACAGUUACCGAAAGUACACUACUGCAGAAAUACAGGAAGUCUUUUGAGUAAAAAAGCUCAAGAUUCUCUUGACGCUGUAAUAUUUGCAAUUGGGGUGCAAACUGUUUUACGCCAGUGCAGAUUUUCUGCGAUGACUAGCUACGUCAAAUAUCUUUGUGCAUACAUUUCUUCCAGUGUUACACCAGACAGCGUAAAAACGGGAAGCGAUGGAAAUUCCGAGGGGGCUAACAGUUUACAUUUUUUGGAGCUGUUUAUAAAAUACUCUGGUUUACCACGUUCGUUUAUACUCAAAGAAAUUCCAGUAAUUGUUAUGGAUCAUUUCCAAGCGAAGACUGCUAAAUAG